AUGAACCUUUUUGAUGUUGCUGAUUACUAUAUAAACAAGAUCGUGACGUCCCGGUCAAAAUUGAGCGUGGCUAAAGUCAACGAGCACCAACGAAUUAAGGUUUUACUGCUAGAUAACAACACCACUCCUACCAUAUCCUUAUGUGCUACUCAAAGUGACUUGCUAAAGCAAGAAAUAUACUUAGUUGAUAAGAUAGAAAACGAAGAGCGUGAGGUCUCGAGGCAUUUAAGAUGCUUGGUCUACGUUAAACCCACAGAAGGAACGUUGCAGUGCCUCUUGCGUGAGUUACGAAAUCCUCGCUAUGGUGAAUAUCAAAUUUUCUUCAAUAAUAUAGUUUCGAAAUCUCAAUUGGAAAGGCUAGCGGAAUCUGAUGACAUGGAGGCAGUCACCAAGGUGGAAGAAAUAUUUCAGGAUUUUUUUAUUUUAAAUCAGGAUUUAUUUUCGUUGGAUUUGCAACCGAAGGACUUUUUAAGUAACACAUUGGUUUGGAGUGAGCCAGGGCUAACAGAAUGUAGUAAUAGUCUAGUAUCCGUGCUUUUGUCUCUAAAAAUUAAACCAGAAAUUAGGUUCGAAGGUGCCAGUAAACUGUGUGAAAGGUUAGCCAAAGAAGUGUCUUAUGAAAUUGGCAAGAAUGAGAGGACAUUUUUCGAUUUCCCAGUGAUGGACUCUACUCCUAUUUUGCUGAUUUUAGACCGUAAAACUGAUCCUAUAACUCCUUUAUUGCAACCUUGGACUUAUCAAUCAAUGAUCAACGAGUAUAUAGGUGUUAAGCGAAAUAUUGUUGAUCUAUCAAAGGUACCUAAAAUCGAUAAAGAUCUAGAAAAGGUCACCUUAUCCUCCAAACAAGACGCUUUCUUCAGAGACACCAUGUACUUAAAUUUCGGGGAGUUGGGUGACAAAGUAAAACAAUACGUGACCACUUACAAAGAUAAGACACAAACAAAUAGUCAAAUAAAUACCAUUGAAGAUAUCAAAAACUUCAUUGAGAAAUAUCCUGAGUUCAGGAAACUGUCUGGAAAUGUGGCAAAGCAUAUGGCUAUAGUUGGCGAACUAGAUAGGCAAUUAAAGAUAAGAAAUAUAUGGGAGGUUAGUGAAAUAGAACAAAACUUAUCUUCACAUGAUGCGAACGAAGAAGAUUUUUCUGAAUUGAUCAAGCUACUUCAAAGUGAAACUGUGGAUAAGUACUACAAGCUAAAGCUUGCAUGUAUUUAUUCUCUAAAUAACCAUGCCAAUUCAGAUAAAAUUCGCCAACUGGUUGAGCUUUUAACGCAGGAUUUCUCUCCGGAAGACGUCAAUUUUUUCCACAGAUUCAAAUCGCUCUUCAACCGUCACGAUAAAAAGGCCCAAAGUAAUCAUGACAAAGACGAUAUACUAAGUGAACUGGCAAGGAGAUUUAACAGUAAAAUGAGCUCUAAAAGUAACACAGCUGAAAAUGUAUACAUGCAACAUAUCCCGGAAAUCUCAUCAUUGCUAACAGAGCUCUCCAAAAACACACUGUCCAGAGAUCGUUUUAAAACGGUAGAUAUUCAAAACCAUGGGAUGACCCAAACUCAGUUCAGAAAUGACAUACCUCAGGAUGUCAUUUUAUUUUUUGUUGGAGGUGUAACUUAUGAGGAAGCAAGGUUGGUUCAUGAAUUUAAUGAAACGAUGAAUAGCAGAAUGAGAGUUGUCUUAGGUGGCACAUCUAUAGUGUCUACUAAUCAAUAUAUGGACUCCCUUCGGGCAAUGAAAUAG